AUGACUGAUAUACUUUCACUUGAACAGUUAGUUCAUCUGUCCUUAGGAGAUCCUGAGGCAGGUGCUGUGAAUUUUAAUGUACUAAAAACUCUUCUUUUACAAAUGCUUAAAGCAAUGAAUUUAUUUAAUCAUAAACCAGCAAUGUCUGAUCAUGAUCAACGUACAAUAAAAGAAGCUUUAUCAACAACAACAACAACACCAAGACAACAUGUUAAAUUCGAUCAUGAUGGAUCAAAUAAUCAAUUUGAUGAGAGUGAUGAUACAAAUAAUGAAGCAAAACAAAAAUCACAACGUAAAAAACGUGAUCGAAGUUUAGAUCGUCUUACAACAUUGGAAGAAAAAGUAUCUCGUUUUGAAUCACAAUUAAAUGCUUUCAAUGAAAUACCAUCAAAUUCUGAAUUAAUUGAUCGUGCUAAACAAAUGCCUAAAAAAACAUCUGAUGAUAAUAAUUCUUCUAAAACAUCAAAUCGUCAUGGACCUAUACUUGAAGUUUGGCAAUAUACACAAUUAGAAAAACGUCUUGAAUCAGCUGAAAAUGGAAUAACACGACUUGCUUCAUUACUUCAAGAUCUUAUAUCGGAUAUGAAUGAUUUAAGAGAAUCUCAUGAUACUGCUAAACAAACAACAGAUGAACUUAAAAAACAACAGAAUGAUUUAAAAAAUAUUGUCGAUGCAUUAAAUAAAGAAAAGAAGGAUUGGGCUAAAAAAUCUGAUGUCGAUAAUUUAGAUGAAAAAAUUCGUAAUUUACAAAAUUUACUUAACUCAUUACGAGAUCGUCUUGAUGAUGUAUCCAAAAAGGCUCGUGAAGCUCAACCAAUGCCUGAUUUAUCUUCUUUUAUCACAUGGGAUCGAUUAGAAGAUGCAUUAACAGGUAACCGAGACGCACUAGAAAAGUCUAUAAACAAUGCUGUACCUGGUACGGCUUCAACACACGAUCAUCAAUUCUCUUUCAAUAAAUUAGAAACAUUUGGUGAAAAAGGAGGAAGAUUACCAUCAGAGAAUCUUGUUAAACUUUUAGAACACUUAGGAACAUUAAAUGAUCGACAUGAACAAUUACGAGCUUUAGUUGAAGCACUUGAAAAUAAAAAACUUAAUCGUGAUGAAUUUGAUGCAUUUAAAAAUCAACAUGAAGAUUUACUUGAUCGUCUUAUUGCACUUGAACGUGAUUUGCAAGAUAUUCUAUCGAAAAGAACUGAAAGUCCAGUGAAAGAUGAUCGUCAGCUACAGAGAUCGGAUAAUUCCGAGGAUAUCUCAGAUUUACGAACAGCAUUACAACGUUUACGUGAAGAUCUUGAUCGACUCAAAAAACUUGUUCAAGAAACAAUUAAUAAAGGAAAUUUAUCUUCACAAGAGAUUGAUGGAUUAAAAAAAUUAAUUGAUCAAUUAGAACAAAAUAAAGCUGAUAAAGUUACUGUUAAUACUGAACUUGAUAAAAAAGCUGAUAAACGUGAUAUUGAUAAUCGAGUUUUGAAAAAAGAUUUCAAUUCUGCUUGUAAUGAAUUAUCACAAAAUAUAAAUGAUUGUAUGCAGAAAUUUAAUAUUCAUGAUGAUAUUCAAAAACAAGAUUUAGAUAAAAUAAAUACUGAUAUGAAUGAAAAAAUAAAUCGUUCCGAACUUGAUGCUCUACGUGAUUAUAUCGAGAAACAAUUGAAGAAAUUGAAAAAAAUAGCGAAAGAUCCACAGACGAAUCAACAACAGCAACAACAACAACAUACACAUAUUAUACCGGAAGAAGAGGCAGCCGGUCUACGAAAGCAAAUUAUUCGUUUUCAUUGCAUCAGUUGUGAUCGCCCCAUUGAUGUUCAACCACACCCACAGCAACCGAGUCUUCCCGCAAAUCUGGGUAUGCGUCCCAUCCAGUCACCCCGACCAUACACAACUUACGAACUGGACCAAAUACGCCAAUUUCAAAAGAGUCAGCAGUUUAGCAAUGAUUUUAGCGGCGGUGUGGCAGAUGUAUAUGCAACUAUGCGACAGUGUGGUGGUUCACAUACAACAACACUACCAUUUAAACGGCAAAUCAAAGCACAACCUACGGUAGCGGAAGAAACAACCGUUCCAAAAAAUGAAAUUGAUAUCAAAGGUCAUGAUGGUGUGAUUUAUAAAGGUAGAAUUGAUGUGAAUAAAUUACCAGCUGUUGAUAUGCAAAAGAAAACUUCGGUUGCUUUACUUGCUCCUUCACCGCCGCAAAGACUACGAUCGGAUUUACAUCCGACUUCUGCUCAUUAUCAACAUAAUAAUCACGGAUCAUUUGCUAUGAACGAACAAGAACCAAAUGGUAUGUCACCAUCUAUUCCAAAUAUUGAACCAGCUUAUCCACGAGAAGAAACAUUUACUUAA